AUGUCCACUUCUACAGCUGAACCGCUCAUAGUUGUUGAUCUGGAAACAUUUGGUUGUGUUUUACGAAGUGAAUCUCGGACAGGUCUUUGUCGUAUUGAGAUUUAUAAAGAUGAAGAUGACGUUCCUCGCAAGAACCCUUCCAAAAUUAUCAGCGUGGAACAAGUCUCUAACCUUCAAACAAACUUAGAAAGGAAGGACAUCACACUGUGUAUGUUUGGUGAGACCGUGACAUUUGGAUGUACUUCGCGCGCUGAUCUUGAUGACUGGACUACUCUCCGACCUACGCUAGGUAUAAUAUGUGGCUCUGGAUUAGGUGGUAUUGCUGAUGAACUAGAAUCAGCACAAGUUAUACCUUAUCAUGAAAUAGAUGGUUUCCCUGAAUGUACUGUCCCUGGUCACGCUGGUAAUUUAGUGUUUGGUCUGUUAUCAGGAGUACGUACCAUCUGUAUGCAAGGAAGACUGCAUUUGUACGAGGGUCAUCCUGCUUGGCUGGUUACUAUGCCAAUUCGAAUGAUGAAGUUGUUAGGUGUUAAAACCUUGAUUGUAACUAAUGCAGCUGGUGGACUUAAUGAUACUUUUACUAGAGGAGAUAUCAUGAUUGUUAAAGAUCAUAUUAACUUAGCAGGAAUGGCUGGUUUGAAUCCUCUAGUAGGACCAAAUGAAGAGAAAUUUGGUCCUCGUUUUCCUAACAUGACUACAGCUUAUGAUCGAGACUUAAGAAAACUUGCCCGUGAGACGGCAAUUGAACUUGGUUUCACAGAUCAUCUCAAAGAAGGUGUCUAUCUUCAUUUAAGUGGGCCAAACUAUGAGACACCAUCAGAGUCUAGAUUUUUACGCAUGUGUGGCGCUGAUGCUGUGGGUAUGAGUACAGCACCUGAAGUUGUUGUAGCAAGACAUGCUGAGAUGAAGAUAUUAGGCAUUUCCUUAAUUACCAAUAUGGUAAUUACUGAGAAUGAUUCUGAUAAAACUCCUCCUGAUCACAAGGAAGUGAUGGAGACAGCGACUAUGAGAGCUAAAAAUCUUCAGUUGCUUGUUAAAACUAUUGCCGGAAGAUUACAAGACCAAUAA